GAGACUCGAUAUCUAAUGAGAUUUUGAAGGUACAUGAGGACGACCUUUCUGGUCUUGCAGGCGCUCUGAAUGGAACCACGUUCUCGAUUCCGUUGGAGCAUUGCAUUUUGACACGAUACAACUCGAGACGUCUCGCCGGCAGGGGUCUGGCUUAUCGAUCCAGCCGUCUCGUCGAGCAGCAUGGGCAACAUCUAUCACGCCUCCUCAUUCUCACUCCAACUUCUCCUUCUCUUCCGAUACCAAUACGUUUCGACGAGCCCAUCCUUCCUAUCAUCCGGCCUUUGAUCGCUUUCGCCGCGCCCAAACCCCAUCCCGCAACGCCCUUUGCGUCUCCAUGAACGUCUACUAGAGAAAACCGACGUGGUUGUGUCUGGACACAGCCCACAUGGUACUGUUGAGUUGUCACUCGGGUAUAUCAACUUGAAACUCCCUAACGGACAUCUUAGUACGAGACAUUUGACAGGCGUUACGGCCUCAAUGCUCGCGAUAAACAUCGCAGUAAGCGGCUGUACAACGGGGUGUCGCUGGCCGAGCUGUCGUCUGCGAAACUGAUCCCGCUCCGCCGUGAUGAGGUCCAAGCGCUCCGCUCUUCCCGUCCGCGGCAGCGGGAGUCCACUCCACUCUGAGUUCGAGACUGGAGCAACAUACGGUAUUCAUUGCAGGUCCACAUCUGAUGAAUUGAGCAGCACAAGCGCGCCGCUUGCUGACCACCAUGGACGGCGUACUUUACGACAGAUUCCGCUGCCUGCCGCCUUGGAGGGACACAAUUGCACACCUUCAAGAUGCCGCUGAUAGAGUCGAGUCAGUCGCCGAACAUGAGGGAGCGUUCGACGAAGGAACAGCUGGUCGCCCACCACGAUGGUUCAUCGAUGUCAUUCGCAAGGCCGAUCCUCGAUGGUUUGCGGACGGAGAAGUGCAAGAAAGACGGAGUCGCAAGAUUGCAGACCUUGGACCAUGCAAAGGAUCAAAGGCCGUUGUCGUCGCUUUCAAAACAUAUCAUGCGGUCGCAGUCGAGUCCACGCUUACCUGCAAUGUGAGGGCGCCUUACAACACGGGCGCUCACA